AUGUGUCUGAGUGAUAGAGCUAAAUACCCCACAUUUUUUCGCACCAUCCCUAGCGAUUACCACCAGGCUAAAGAUUUAGCAGCCCUGGUCAAGCACUUCGGCUGGACUUGGAUUGGGGCGAUACAGUCCAAUAAUGACUAUGGUCGGAAUGGGGUCCUAGCCUUCACUGAACAGGUAAAAAAAACUAGGGGUUUGCAUUGCGUUCGUUGGGACAGUGUUACGAACGUACCAAAGCCGUAAAAAAACUUGAUGUGGUGGACAUGAUCAAACAAUCAACAGUCCAAGUCAUCUUGUCAUUUAUUCCUGAUGAGUGAGGUGGCGAGAGAACAAAACAGACGUUCCGUGGUUCACCAGCGAGGCCUGGAUCACUGCAGCCCGGCCCUCCACCCCAGAAAUAUACAGCUCCUUCGGUGGGGGUCAUAGGAUUUGUGGUGCGGAAGAUGGCCAUCCCAAAACGACAACACUUUCCCAUGGGCAUCAGUCCCUACACAGAUCCAAAGGCUGCCCUUUGUGAGGGAUUUCUGGGAGAAGGUGGUGGGUUGUCAUCCUCGCUCAGCUGGUGAGCCCUCAGGCUCUGAGAGGAGCAGUAACACGCAUAUACUGGAGCGGAGACACUUGUGGACUCACAAUAUCUAUUCUUCAAUGUCACACAGCUGA